AUGGAGAUCGCAGUUACCAUGGAGGACCACGCUGACGUUGCCAUGGCGAACAAGACAGAGGUCCAGGUCUCGGACCAGACGGCUCCUCCCGACAAAGAGCUGAUGAAGCCCGCCGCCCGGCAGCCCCGCCGCCGGGCCCUGGGGCGGCGAAGUCAGAGAGGGAAGAGGCGGGGCCCGGUGGAGAAGAGGCGGGGCCUCACUGAGAAGCGCCGCGGUCAGAAGCAGAAGAGGCGGGGCCAGGAGGAGAAGAAGGAAGGUGUGACGGUGAAGAGGACGUGGAGUGGCGGCAAGCGGCGCUGGGAUAAGAAACACUACUGCGUGUUUUGCCGCCGGCCGCAGGUGAAGAUUGCUCGCCACCUGCUGAGGAAGCACGCCGACGAACAGGAAGUGGUCGCUGCCAGUGCUCUGCCGACUGGAUCCAAACAGCGGCACCUGCUGCUGGAACACCUGCGCUGCAGGGGCAACUACCUGCACAACAUUGAGGUGAUCAGACAGGGUAGCGGGGAGAUCGUUCCAUGGCGUCAGCCCUCUGAGGACGUUGAUGCGAGGAACUACCUGCCGUGCCCGCUGUGUCUUGGGUUCUUCCUUCGCGCCGACCUCUGGAAACAUCAAGUGUCCUGUCGGAAGAAGCUUGCCAUUGACCCGUCCAAAGACUCGGCGCCAGAGAUGAGCUCCGGCCUGAUGAACGAUGCUGCCUCCGACUCCACGCGCAAGUUGGAGGACACGCCCCCUGAACCAUCAGGAGACAUGUCCAACACAGAGCAGACAGGGAGUUCUGACGGCGGGUCCAAACACCCGUCGACCUCCAAUCCUGGCGAGGACCAGAAUGUGACUUCUGACCCAGGAGCAAACCGGCCGAGGAAGAGGACCAGAGUCCAGGCAGCAGCAUCGCGCCUUCUGCCAAUCUCCAGUGGAGCUUCAGAGAGCUGCAGUGAGAUCCUGCACCGCAUGAACCAAGACAACGUGUCUCACCAGGUGAAGUCUGAUUGGCUGAUCUGUAAAUAUGGGAACAAGCUGAUGGGAAACCAAGAUGGGUGUCAGAGGAGGUACGACUACGUGAGCCAGAAGCUCAGGGAACUGGGUCGGCUGCUCCUGGCUGCUAAAUCCCUGGACUCCGGUGUCCAGAACCUCCAGGACCUCCUGGCGCCGGGCCGCCUCAGCCUGGCGCUGGCCGCUGCCAGAAAAGCUGCCGGGUACCGGUGGAGCCGUCCUCCGCUGGCGGUGAAGACAACGCUGAAGACGGUGUGCGAAAUCGCCAUCGGAGAGAGUCUGCAGGACGGAGACUGGGAGGCUGCUGCCAAAACCACCGACUUCUACCACAUGCUGGGGAGGGAGUGGGACAAUCUGGGGCUGCAGAAUCCUGGUCCAGAUCCAGCUGCUCCAGAUGAAGGAACAAAACUGAAGAAGCGCCUGGUCCAACCGAGAAACGACAAGGACCACAGACCAGAAGUUCUCUCAAAGUCCAGUAACAGACAGGUGACCUCCAUGGUUCCACCUGAGUCCAGACUGCAGACUCCCGUCCCAGUUCCUGUGGCCCCCAGGAAGGUCCGACGCCGCCCCUGGUCAUCUGCAGAGAAGGAGGCGAUCUGGAGGCAGUUAGGGGUCCACGUGCUGGUCCAGUCGGUCCCAGGGAAGGAGGUCUGUCAGCGCUGUCUGGACUUGGAGCCUGUCCUCAGGGGCCGACACUGGAAGGACAUCAAGAACCAAGUCCACAAUCAAAUCCAGAGCCAAAAGAAGCAGCAGUUCCAUGCCCAGAUGGACCUGGAGGAGAACCGGGAACACCAAGACCAAAUCCAGAACCAGAACCAGAAAAAGCAGCAACAGCAGUACCAGACUCCAAUGGACUUGCAGGACAAGGACCACACUCAGAACCAGAAGAAACAACAGUACCAACCUCAGAUGGAUCCACAUGACCAGGACAACACUCAGAACCAGAAAAGACAACAGUACCACAUUCAGAUGAACCACCAAGCCCAGGACAGCAUCCAAAACCAGAAAAAACCACAUGACCACACCCACCUGGACCACCAAGACCAUCAAGACCACCUUCAUGUUCACAAAAAGCAGCUGUGCCAUGGCAGACUGGACCACCAGGACCACAGCCAGGUCCACAAGAAGCAGCUGUACCAAAUGGACCAGCAGACCUUGCAGACGCUGGACCGAGACACCUCUAUUCUCACGGUCACACCGUAUGGACAUGACGGGCCGCACCGAGCACCUGGACACUCAUUACUUGAGCGUGAACCUGCAAUCAGCCCCUACCCCCUUCUACACCGGGCCCCAGGACCCCACAUGGACCAGCUGCUGUCCAGAGCAGAGUGGGCCGAGGAGUCUUUGACCCAAAGCUACCCACUCAGCAGGCAACUGGGCCGGAACCUGCUUCAGGACGUUCCACCAGGGGGAGCGCCGCCUGAUCCGCACUCUGGACAUAUUCAUUUCUGAUGAACGAGGGGCAGGUUCAGAUGGACAUGUCCACAUCUUAAGAACACUAACGACAGACGGGCCCUCUCGUACGAGCCCUGAGCUCUCCUGACUUUAUCAGAACUUUUGCUUUUUUGAUAAAGACGUGAGAACAUGCUGAUGGCUGGAUGUGGGACUACAAACAGAAUGACCUUUCCUGGUACUGCAGGUGUUCCUCUUGUCUCUGGUUCUGCUCGGAGGACAAGUUUGUGUUCAGGCGGUUGAAUAAAUCCAGGUUCUGGUGUCGGAACUAUGCAGAGCAGAGCUGCCAUGAAGUACUCAGCUGGUGAAGAGGCGCUUUACCAGCUGAGCUCAAAAGUAACUUCUCCCAGAGGAGACACAUAAAGACACCAUAACCUUCAGUGUAGCACAGUCCCACAUGUUUACUGUCUGAGUGCAAACUGUCACAAACUGUGCCUCCACUGAGUGUCUGAGGACCAGGCAGAACCACUGAGGUGGACCGUACAGGUUCUGACAUGUCAGCCGUGUCAGAGAAACACGUGUCCGUUGAGUGUACGUUUUCUGUACUUCCAUGACUUGCCCUUUAAUGUGUACUUAACCAACCACUGCUCAGUGUUAUUGCUGUUGUCAUGGUAACUGUCAGCUUUGUGUCCUGUCAGGUGCUCACCAGUAGAUGGCAGACUUCUCACUGAUUUGAACUAUUUCAGGUUUCUAUGAGAGUAAAAAGAGUUUUUACAGUC